UAAGCAUGGGAUUUUACCACCUGUUGGUCACCUUUUGGAAGAUUUUUGUGAUUGCAUUUGCUUUAUAAAGGGGCUAAGGAUCAGUAUGCAUGCAUACAUAUUCUAAUACAAGCAAGGUAAGGCAUCUUUAACACUAAAUCACACUUAGGCUUAAUGCCAGGUCUUAUUUUUGUAUUUCAAUAUUUGUGUUUUACAUCUCCAGAACCGAACCUAUAUAAUUUCUGUCAGCCAUGGCAGUGUUUGAUCAUCUUCGGCUGGUGUUUCUGGCCGUGCUGAUGCUGGCGUCUCAGCUGGACUUUGCGAGUGCCGUUCGACUGUUUGCCAUACAUGCCCGAGACCUCCACGGUGAUGCUGCUGGAAACCCUCCCGAUCCAUUUGUCAAGGUGUUUUGUGCAGGCAUCUUUGGGGGGCAGACAGAAUAUCACAAGGAUAACGCUAACCCUUCAUGGUCUGCAGUGUUCAACUUCCCAGACUGCUUACCAAAUGAUAACCUGAAACUGGAGGUGUGGGACAAAGACCUGAAUUUUGAUGAUCACUUGGGUACAUGUUCCACAAAGGUGCAAUAUGGGACUAACUCCAUUACUUGUCACCUGAGCAGAGGAGUUCUGUAUUACAAGUACGAGCUGGUGCAAUAAAUCUAACCUCCAUUGUAACUAGCCUGAUAGUAAUGAAGUUAACCUAUAUGCUGUCAGUGUGUAUGACUUGUUAACACAAAACACUUUUUGUUCUCCACUACAUAUGGACCCUGAGCUGGGUAGUAACUGAUUACAUGUAAUCUGGAUUAUGUAAUCAGAUUAAAAAUACUGAGUACUUGUAAUGAGAUUAAAUUACAUUUUUAAAAUACUCACAAUCAGACUGCAGUUACUUUAUUAAUGACAUGAUUACGUAUUAUUCACACAAUAGCAAUAAAUUAUUCAGAAAUUAUUGAUUCUCCCUUCACUUUCUAAAAUAGCAUGUCGCUUAUAUAUACAUUCAGAAAAUCUUCCAGUUUUUUGGAUAUGCACACAAAGAUCACACACAAUACAAU